GGAACGGGGGUGUGCGGAGAGGGAAAGGUUAAUGGACUGCGGAUGGUUAGGGACGGAGAAGUUCUGUUGGUCUCCAUUUCUUCAGACACACGCAGACACACGACGUGCAUGAAGCGGGAGUCGCCCUUGUCUGCCGGGACGGCCGGCUGUUUGCCUGGCACCGGAGCAUCCCCCCUCUCCGCAUUCCCGAGGUGGUUCAGCCCGAGAGGCCGGCGUCUUUCCCCCAGUUUGCCGUUCACCCUGAGCGCUCGGGACUUGCCGAUAGUGGUGACGGCGGCAACAUGUCUGUGGCGUUCGCAGCCCCGAGGCAGCGAGGCAAGGGGGAGAUCACUCCCGCUGCAAUCCAGAAGGUAUCAGCAGAUGUUGCACACAAACUUGGUAUACCUUGCUACAAUAGCAGAUUCUAAUCAAAAUAUGCAGUCACUUUUACCAGCACCACCCACACAGAAUAUGCCUAUGGGUCCUGGAGGGAUGAAUCAGAGCGGCCCUCCCCCACCUCCACGCGCUCACAACAUGCCUUCAGAUGGAAUGGUAGGUGGGGGUCCUCCUGCACCACACAUGCAGAACCAGAUGAACGGCCAGAUGCCUGGGCCUAACCAUAUGCCUAUGCAGGGACCUGGACCUAAUCAACUCAAUAUGACAAACAGUUCCAUGAAUAUGCCUUCAAGUAGCCAUGGAUCCAUGGGAGGUUACAACCAUUCCGUGCCAUCAUCACAGAGCAUGCCAGUACAGAAUCAGAUGACAAUGAGUCAGGGGCAACCAAUGGGAAACUAUGGCCCCAGGCCAAAUAUGAAUAUGCAGCCAAACCAAGGUCCAAUGAUGCAUCAGCAGCCUCCUUCUCAGCAAUUCAAUAUGCCACAAGGAGGAGGGCAGCAUUACCAAGGACAGCAGCCACCUAUGGGAAUGAUGGGUCAAGUUAACCAAGGCAAUCAUAUGAUGGGUCAGAGACAGAUUCCUCCUUAUAGACCACCUCAGCAGGGGCCACCACAGCAGUACUCAGGCCAGGAAGACUAUUAUGGAGACCAAUACAGUCAUGGUGGACAAGGUCCUCCAGAAGGCAUGAACCAGCAAUAUUAUCCUGAUGGUCAUAAUGAUUACGGUUAUCAGCAACCGUCGUAUCCUGAACAAGGCUACGAUAGGCCUUAUGAGGAUUCCUCACAACAUUACUACGACGGAGGAAAUUCGCAGUAUGGCCAACAGCAAGAUGCUUACCAAGGACCACCUCCACAACAAGGCUAUCCACCCCAACAACAGCAGUACCCAGGACAACAGGGUUAUCCAGGACAGCAACAGGGCUAUGGUCCUUCACAGGGUGGUCCUGGUCCUCAGUAUCCUAACUAUCCACAGGGACAAGGUCAACAAUAUGGGGGUUACAGACCAACACAGCCUGGACCACCACAGCCCCCCCAGCAGAGGCCUUAUGGAUAUGACCAGAUAUAUUUGGGUUCACUCCCCAAAUACCCACAACAGAUGGUACUGGACCAGGCUGAAGCUGAAAUUUAGUCUGGUAGGUACUUGAUACUUGAGCUACAUUUAGCAAGAAUACUGUAUUGGAAGGAGUGGCCAGGACUUGAACCAGGCAGUAUGAUAUAAGAUGGGAGCAGCUCAAGCAGCAACUUAACUUCUGGGCGAAACAUCUGCCCCAGAACUUAUCUGCUACUCUGUAGUUACACUUUACUAAGUGAUAAGUCUUACCUUACCUGUUUUUCAAAUGUUUUACGGCAAUGAGCAUUUUUCCCAUAAAUGUAUAUAAUUGCUUAUAUAUGAUUUGUUUGGCAUAUGUUAUUGAAGGAAUUGUAUGCUUCAGUCACUCUUCAGUACUCUUGACAUAAGGAUGAGUAAGAUGGUCAAUGUACUCAAGUUGUUUGAAAAAUAGCAAAUCAAUUAUAACUUAUAUUAUCUCAUUUUAUGUUUACUAGGGGAGCAUUGACACUCACCGGUUUAUAAUUCUAAAAAGUCCUGUCCCAUAGCUUCUCUUAUUUAUAGGUGUCAUAACAGAUGAAAUAGGAAUUAAUGUUAACCACAAGGAAGUUGUGAUUCAAAGGUGGAGAUGUUGUUCUCCUACCUCAUAUGAGUGAUGAAGUUGAUUCUCAGAUGGCUUUUUAAGACUCAAAUAGCAAGUGAGCAAUAGAUUUGGAACUUAAGUUUAGCUUUCAUAUUUAGAUAACAUAAGAUGAAAUAAUCUCCAAUUUGCUGCUCAGCAUUAACUUAUAUUUCUGUUUUAGACCUCUUAUUAUAAAAUCUUGAAAUACUAAAAAAGAAUAGUCUACUCAACUCCUGUGUGCCCAUCACCAACUUCAACAGUUAAUACUUUCCUUUUGUCAUUCUUACCUACCUAACCACCUUAUUUGUUUCAUUUCAGAGUAUUUUAGAGCAGAUCAUUUUCCCACAGAUAUUUCAAGAUGAGCUUUGACUUUAAAUUUUACUGAAAAAUAAUACAAAAUUUCUUACAUUUUAAAUGCAUUCUAUUAUAUAGUAAUAUUUGAUAAAUUAAUAAGUAUAUAUACGCCAGUGGCAAUGUAAACUUUAGUGUAUUGUUUCUUUAGUUCAGAAAUAUUUCAAUUCUAAAGUAUUUUCUUGAGUCACAUUUUAUGUGGUUAAGAGGAAAAAAUUUAGACAAAGGAGACAAUUAGAUGCUUCUAGUGAGUAUUGUUUUGGGAAAAUAGGUGCUUUUAUAAGCAUCUAUUUUAAGCACAUUAAAAAUGUUCUAAUAAAAUACACAUUCUAUAGUAUGUUCUUCUGUUUUAGAGGAAAAGACAUUGCUUCUCUUCUCCCAAACUAAUACUAAAUGCCUGUUGGACAUUAUUUACCUUUCUCAUAGAGUUUUGCUACUUCCUCCUGUCCUUUGUGUCUCUGUUCUCUACUUCUCUUUCAUUCUGUAGCCUACAAGUCUUCAAGUCUACUAUUUUAGAAAAAACAGAAACAAAAUAAACUUUCCUUGGUUUUCUGUCCCAGCAGCCUCCCUGAAUACCUCCUGAUACUUCAUUGACCUCAGGGAAAGUUCUGAAUUCCUUAGUGUAGAUACAAGGUUCUUUACUUUUUUUUUUUUUUUGACAGGCAGAGUGGACAGUGAGAGAGAGAGACAGAGAGAAAGGUCUUCCUUUGCCGUUGGUUCACCCUCCAACGGCCACAACGGCCGGCACACCGCGCCUAUCCGAAGGCAGGAGCCAGGUGCUUCUCCUGGUCUCCCAUGUGGGUGCAGGGCCCAAGGACUUGGGCCAUCCUCCACUGCCUUCCUGGGCCACAGCAGAGAGCUGGCCUGGAAGAGGGACAACCGGGACAGAAUCCGGUGCCCCUACUGGGACUAGAACCCGGUGUGCCAGCGCCGCAAGGUGGAGGAUUAGCCUACUGAGCCGCGGCGCUGGCCUGGUUCUUUACUUUUUAUCUCCUAGACACCUUUCCUUCUUCACUUGCAACCUAUCCCAAAUGCCUUUGAUGUUCAUUCAUAGUAAUAAUUAUAACAAGCCAAACCCACAAAAUUGUCAUUCUUAACACAUGGUUUAUAUGCUAAAAUGUAUCAUAUCAGAGUUGACAAUUAAAACUACUCAUUUAUUCCUGCUCAGUUCAAUUCAGAAUUCUCCAAACAUUUGAAUUCCGAUUAUGUGACAGGUACUGUUGUAGAUUCAUUUGCUAAUCUUUCGAAUGUUUUGAAAUUGAAAUCUGUUUUCAAUUGUAUAUAAUAUCAGAAGAAAUUAAGUAGAGCUAAAUAGCCAAAUAUAUGAAAGUUUUUGUCUGUUGUGGAUAUGAGAAUGUUAAAAAUGAUUUAUUAUUUUCUGUGGUCAAACUAUUAUCUAAUUAUGUUUUAAAAUUUUUCUUUUAGGGACAGUAUGGAAAUUACCAACAGUGAAACAGUACUUACAUUCCAAUAGCCAGUAUCUAUUAGCAGCCAUAUUGUCACCUCAGCACUGUGGA